AUGUCGCUUCCUUGUCUGCCCAACAAGAAAAAGCAACAGCACCGACAAUCAUUCGUAGGCGAUGAAUUGCAUGCAUUUGAUUUAACUUGGAGAAACUACAUUCCAUCAGCAUCACAAUUUUGCUGUUGCUUCAAGAGCAAAGGCAUUCAAUUAGAAGAUGAUGACCCAUUGAUCGAUCCGCCUUACUACAAUGAUCAAACACUGUACAGAGGAGAAGCGCUUCAAAACUAUUUGGAUAAUCCAAGAGACUGGGAAUUUGAAUCCGUUUUGGGAGGCCAGAACGACUUGCCUCAAUUCGUAACCAGAAACCCAUUUGGUACAUCCAGUUUAAAAAAGAAGAAAUCACAUAAAAAGAAAAAGAGCCGACGGGAACGAUCUGCUGUGAUGGAGACAGAUGCUGAGGAAGGCGAUGUUACAGGAUACAGCAUUGCAGAUCAGCAUUACCUUGAGGAGUAUUACAAUGAUGAUGCUGAAUUUCUCGGAGAUGAUCAAAUUGCAAAUUUAGCAUACAAUAGACAUAGUAGCCAGGUGAUGGAUCAAUAUGGCGAAGAACUGUAUCAAGGACAUGUCCAAGGUCCAAUUGAACAGGAAAUGCAAGCACCACCACCCCCACGGGAAUUUUAUGCAGCUCGAACAAUACCAAACAUCAACUUUGAUAGCUAUGAAGACUACGAGGAAAGAGUAGUGCCAGUGCAACAUCUGGAGCCAUCCUCCUCUUCCUCAACACAGCAGAAGCCAUUAGUAUCUGUGGAGGCAGCACAAGCUUUAUUGAGUGAUAAAUUGGAUGAUUUGACUGAGAAACUAGCUUUCAUCAAGAACAACAUUAUACACAUUCGACCUCAAGCAUCCCAGCUAGAGACAAAUGACACUCAAGAUGCCGAUGAGGAAUGCGACAGAACAACUCUUCAUACCUUGCAUCAUGAAGAGCCAAGAGAAAGUCAUUCUAUUUCUGACCUCGACUCUGUUGCCUCUGAAGCAUUAGAUGUAUAUGAAAAUACAGCCAACCACAACAACAUGCACAGUCAUUCAAUCGCACACUCAUCCAUAGCCAGACGCUACUCAUCUGGUGGUGAACUUCAUAUUCCAUCUCUAGUGGAUAAUACCCCCUUCGUAUCUGAACAACACCCAUUCAGCUAUUUCACAGACCAAAAUAACUUGACACCAAGUUACUAUCAAGAUGAUACCAACACGGACGACGAACCAUCCAAUGUAAAUAAUAAUGAUGGUGUCAAUGUUCAAAGCGUCUUCAACAUGGGUCGCAAAUGGCUCGGCGUCUAA